AUGACCAAUACUAUGCCGAACCUGUGUCAGGUCAAGGUCGCUCGUGACCUGGUGGCCGAUAUUCAGCAUACGGCGCUAAGCUAUGAAUCAGAAGAUGAAAAUAUGGGUCGGCUCCAUUCUCGAGGUAGACGUGGAACUCCAUUGUACAGCAAGCAGGACAUCCGCGAACAAUACUGCAUAUCAGAUCGGGGGUUGGGAGCUCUCGAAGCUGACCGACGUAGCUUAUUCAGUUGUUUAUCUACACACCAAAAUUCGCCGUGCUCAACGAAAGCGUCGAUACUUACCGUUUGCGUAAAACAGAAAAUUCCGUCGGACGAAAACAUUCACGACCUUCUCAAGAGAUAUCCGUUCGAAUAUGCGUCGUAUCAUAGGAGAGCGAGAUAUCCCUGGGGAAUGCCUCCUCCCGAGAUCUAUCCGUUUGACGAGGAGAUGGAGUGCUCGUACUUUCGGCGUAAGCCUCGCGUCGAUCCCAGAAGGUACACGUGGAUGCCGGCCGAUGACGAGUCCGUACGUUUGGAGAGGCCACGUUCCGUUUUGGAUCAUUGCAGUGUGGCGCCGUCGCCGAUACCACCUCCGCCUCCGCCAGUGACCAGGCCCAAGCAUGUCAGUUUUGCAAGAUCACAUACUCUCACAUCGUUUGAUGACGCAACAGCAACACUAGGUUCAUCACACAGCUACACCAACAAAAUGUCACGAAGUCAAGAAAGAUUGCUGCCACUUUUAGGUUUUAAAAGGUCAGGCGAAUUUCCACCAAUCACUCAGCAGCCAUCACCAAACGAAGCGUUCAUCAUUUCAGAAAAGUUUAAAAGGGGACCUGCGUCGAUGAAAACCCAAGCGACACAGACUGAAGUUUGUUUAGGACGGAAACCCUUGCCUCCGGGCCAACUUAAUUUGAGCCCAAGGACGAUACACAGGGUUAAAAUGGUAUCGCAAGGCGCACAAACUAACGGAAUGCUGGUAAACGGAAGAAAAUUGAUGAAGUCGUAUUCAGAAGCAGGAGGUAGAUUUUCCGCAAUCACUUUUGGCCCCGAAAUAAUCCCGAAUGACAUUAACCACGAACCCUUGCAACGAACACAGUCAGACGAACCUCCCCGAUCACCUUUCGUAUUAAAAUCACCCCCGCCCGAAUUAAAGUUGCCCGAUACUGAUUCAUCUUCUUCAUCUCAUUCAGAUCAUGAAACCGAGGAGUAUGAACAAUUUGAAUCUAAAAUUCCCAAAGAGAUUAUUAUAGAUUUCGAACCUCAAUUGCCUUUUUCACCCGCUGAAGUUAAGAAAAAGCGUCUGAUUAAAACUGUAUCGGACGGCGAAAUUCUUUUAGAUCAUCGAAGAUUUAGUAAGCUAGACGAAGAGGGGUCGUUCGAAAAACGCAUCACGUCCGCCAGUCACGAGCACAUCAUGGUCGAACAGGAAACUCGAAGUUUCACGCCGUACUUCCAAGAUUCGCCGAUUAAGAAUGAGGGGAUAUUUAAGAGCUUUGACGAAAACGCGUUUUCCUCAAUGUCUGGGUCGUUCGAUGACAACGGUUUCCGGCCGCAGGACUCACUCGAUGAGGAGUUUCACGAGAAUUUGAUUUACCGCGGGAGGUAUCUGAGAAGGAGUGGAUCGUCUACCAGCGAUGAUAUUUUAGAGCAGGAGAUGAGGAUGCGAAAAAGCGACAGUGUAUCUUUGGAAGAAGGCGUGGUUCCGUCAUUGUCCUUGAUGCUACAUAGGUGUUCGCCGUUUGCCUCUUCUGAUUCUUUGGCGAACGACGUUAGAGAUCAUUCGGAUGGAAUAUGGAAUGAAUCUCAAGCAACGGUAUUGCAGGUUGAUUCUGGUACGGAUAAUGGGACGGCACUCAGCAGCUCGGAAAUGGUUUCUCUAGCAACCCCAUCUCAUGUAUCAACGUCAUUACUUACACCUUCAUCUAGGAGAAAGCACCUGUUGCUCAUGCAACACCAACAACGGUCCUCAAUGGACACAGAAGCUUUAGAAGAGGAAUCUCCCGAACAAAUUCAAGGCUCACGAUCAGGCUCUGAACUCCCUAGCAUAUCAUUAAGUAAACCCGAAUCGAGCAGUCAACAGUAUUUGACACCGCGCACCGGUCCAUCACCAAGACGUCGGCGAACACCCGAACCUCCGGCCGAGUCCCCACAACCGGCUGUAGUUCCCGAUUUACUACUCGCUCGUACUGAUUCCGGAAAAACGAAUACAGACGUUUCAGAAAGCACCACAACCACUGACGACUAUAUCACUAAACAGAAAAAUGAAUAUUCCGUGCCAGUUACCGAAGAAAAAAUUACCACUGGCCCGGAGCGGAACGGCAAAUAA